AGAUUUCUCAAGAUCAUGGGGUUUGCUAUUGCCAGGCGUUGAUCGCUCAUCUAACAAGGUAAUUGCACAUACAUUUGGAUUAAUAUGCCAUCGCCAUAGAAAAGACCGUUGUAACACGAUUUUAGAUAAAUACUAUUGUCUAUGAAGGGCGGAAAGAAAAUCAGUUUAAAUGUUAUUAUAAGACUCGUUCAGAUUUAUGUAGCCCAGAACUAGCCUAUUGUUUGUCCAUAAAAAUGUGCCAUUUUAAUGUUGUUUUUAAGAAGAAAAACAAAUUGUCAACACAUGUUAUUAUUGCACUUGAUCGGCUUUGCUAUGCAACAACGGUGUAUCCACAUGUUAACAUCCACAUGUUCGCUGAAUAUGCGAGUGUUAUUUUGCAAGAGCUGUCUGUGCAUUUACCUGGAAAGAGGAGGCCUUUACCUCAUGAUAAUGUAGGGCAGGCAGAUAACAGUUUUUCAAGAAGAUGCAAUUAGACCGUGCGCUGUAGGCUAUUGGACUUUUAAAGUAGGCCUAACAAUCAAGUCGGUUUUGGAUGUUGUGCGCCAUUCGCGUACACAUCCUCACAAAUAGGCCUCUUAAAAAUAGGCAGGCCUAACACACAGUACUACAUUUGUCAAAAAUAGGCCGAAGGAUAACACUGAUAGUGGAUUGGAUAGCCUACCCUUGGGGUCAAAAUAAGUGUCAAGUUACUUGAUUACUAAUCGUCAAAUGUAUAUAUUUUCCCCCAUAGAUCCUAUGAGAGAUGGAAGCGAUAUGGCUGUAUCAGUUUCGACUCAUCGUCAUUGGGGACUCGACAGUAGGAAAAUCAUGCCUGAUCCGGCGAUUCACAGAGGGACGCUUUGCGCAUGUGUCAGACCCCACAGUCGGGGUAGACUUCUUCUCACGCCUUGUGGAGAUAGAGCCAGGAAAACGCAUAAAACUUCAAAUCUGGGACACAGCCGGACAAGAGCGAUUCAGGUGACGCUUUUACAUAUAUAUAUAUAUAUUUUAAUCUUCCAUUGUAAAGACCACAAAUUGUGUGAAAUGUUUUAUAGUCACCUGUAAUUAUUGUUAUGACAGUAUAUUAGUUUAUCUAUCAUUCGUCUCAUACCCUUUCAUUUUCUUGAUGUUGAACCUCACCACUUCUCCAUGUCACAUCCUCUGGUUUUCCCCUUUCCCUGCUUCUCCAUACUUAUAUACUGAAUAAAAUAACAAUUUCUAAGAUUUUACUGAGUUACAGUUCAUAUUAGGAAAUCAGUCAAAUGAAAUAAAUAAAUUAGGCCCUAAUCUAUGGAUUUCACAUGACUGGGAAUACAGAUAUGCAUCUGUUGGUCACAGAUACCUUAAAAUAAAUGGGCCUCACAAUGGGCCUCAGGAUCUCGUCACAGUUUUUCUGUGCAUUCAAAUUGCCAUUGAUAAAAUGCAUUUGUGUUUGUUGUCCGUAGCUUAUGCCUGCACAUACCAUAACACAACCGCCACCACUCUGUUCACAACGUUGACAUCAGCAAACCGCUCGCCCACAUGACGCCAUACACGUGGUCUGCGAUUGUGAGGCAGGUUGGACGUGCUGCCAAAUUCUCUAAAACAAUGUUGGAGGCGACUUAUGGUAUAUAAAUGAACAUUACAUUAUCUGGCAACAGCUCUGGUGGACAUUCCUGCAGUCAGCAUGCCAACUGCACACUCCCUCAAAACUUGAGACAUCUGUGGCACUGUGUGUCGUGUGAUAAAACUGCACAUUUUAGAGUGGCCCUUUAUUGUCCCCAUCACAAGGUGCACCUGUGUAAUGAUCAUGCUGUUUAAUCAGCUUCUUGAUAUGCUACACCUGUCAGGUGGAUGGAUUAUUUUGGCAAAGGAGAAAUGCUUACAAACAGGGAUGUAACCAAAUUUGUGCACAACAUUUGAGAGAAAUAAGCAUUUUGUGCAUAUGGAAAAUGUCUGGGAUUUUGUAUUUCAGCUCAUUAAACAUGGGACCAAGACUUUACAUGUUGCAUUUAUAUUUUUGUUCAGUGUAUUUACUAUUUCUCUCAAUUCUGUCCCUCUUCUUUGCUUGUCCUCUCACCCUCUCUAGGUCCAUAACCAGGGCUUACUACCGUAACUCUGUUGGGGGGCUGCUGCUGUUCGACAUCACCAACCGUCGCUCCUUCCAGAAUGUGCAUGAGUGGCUGGAGGAGGCCCGCAGUCACGUCCAGCCUCACAGCAUCGUCUUCCUGUUGGUGGGCCACAAGUGCGACCUGGAGCCCCAGAGGCAGGUGAGCCAGCAGGAGGCGGAGAAGCUGGCAGGUGCCUAUGGUAUGCGCUACGUGGAGACAUCGGCUCGCGACGCCAUCAACGUGGAAAAGGCCUUCACUGAGCUAACGCGGGACAUCUUCGAGCUUGUGAAGAACGGUGACAUCAACAUCCAGGAAGGCUGGGAGGGAGUGAAGAGUGGCUUGGUGCCCAAUGUGGUGCACUCCUCAGAAGAGGUCACCAAGAGCGACCGCCGGUGCUUCUGCUGAUUAGCCUGUCUAUCUAGUUGGCUUCAGCCUUCCCAGCCCAUGCAGUCCUGUAACAUUAUGUCCCACUAGCUCCCAAUCUUGUCACAGGUCACACAUGUAGCUCUCUCACUCCAAUCCUGACUACUGGAAGGCCAUUUGUGCACUGAAUAAAACAUGGAUA